AUGUCAACAUUCGAGUCUCUGCCGGCAGAUAUGCUGGCCAGGGUCUUCCUGUACCUCCGCGAAGGCGGCCGCAAUUACCCGUACCAUUACUGUGAUGAGGCCGGCCUUGACAUUCCCGACAUAGCGGUAUCCCGCACAUUCAGACACCAUGCGCGCGCCGCGUUGUACAAAAAAGCCUACUUUAGCAUCGACAGCAGGGGCCAAGACACACAGGACGAGUGCGAGAUCAAGACAAACAUCGGAGAAAUAAUCGACAAUGUGUGCUCCGAUGCCGCGCACGAACUCCUGCUCGUCUUCGUCUCUGAGCUGACCCCCGACAAAGCGCAUCAGGAACUCGAGAGCAUCGGGUUCUUUGACCAGCAGUGGCCGACAAUAACCACCUUGCACCUGCUGGGUGGGCUUAAUAAGGACAUCAAGGUGCAGAAUUAUUCCGACCAGGCUCUGACACGGCUCAAUCUGGCACUGGCCAGGGCGCUUCCAUGUGUGACCCGGGUCGUCUACCAGUUCGAAUGCAACUAUGUGUUUACCAAGGCCGUGCUCGAAGAAUUUAUUGUGGCGAAAAUGGACACGCUCGAGACCAUCGAGUUCAUCGACUGCUCGGUUAGAAAGGUCACAUUCACAAAGUUCCUGCCGCGGUUGAGGAGGCUGGGGAUGCUGGUCAAUGGGCGGAAGUACCAGGUUCCUGGUACAAAAUUAUGCGCGUCAACUAUUGAGUAUCUGAAGAUCACAUCGCUACAUCCGAAAAUGCUGCUUGGCUUCUUCUACGGCGAGCUCGAAAACCAGCUGCAUUUUGAAAACCUGCAUACACUUGUGCUUCACAUCAAUGACAAGGCUGAGCGGCCGAGUUUGCCAGACACCAGUGUGUUUACCAGUAUCGCAUUCCCGGCCCUGGUGCGGCUGGAGCUGACUGGGUACCAGGGUGAUAUAAUGGACUACCUGAGCUUGUUCCCUCUCGGCCAGAUCAAGGAGCUACGCAUUCGAGAGAACAACGGCACCCAGCCGCUUGACAUUUCGAAAAUGACAGCACUGGAAUCCUUGGGCGUCAACUUUGGCAACUGGACGUACUCUGACCGCCAAAACUCUGAGCCGUGGGCGCACCCGCUAUUCAUAUCCGACAGCACAGUCCGGCACCUGGAGCUCAAUGGCGCCGACCCGUUCUUCAUUACCAACGGGCUGCUCUCCGACUCGAUGGUCUCGUACUUUUCGGUUCCGGAUACGGUGCUGCUGCAGCGCCUAGAGCAGCUCACAAUCAACGCCAUUGCUGACCGUGGCCAUCUGAUCAAGCUGUUGCGACAGCUCAAGUGUCUGCGACAACUGCACCUAAUGGUGUUUGUUGCUGGCCCAGUCAACUUGCUUGAAGACUCAUAUGAUGAUGGCAGGACCCCCGAGACGUACAAUGCGAUUAGCACAUCGAUUGUGUACCUGCACACUACAUUCGCGCACUGCCUACUGCAGGAUCCCAGCUACAUAAUCGAGCACGCGUGGUUCAUGGCACGACUGCCUUCACUGCGGCGAUGGGUCAGCAACACAUGGGACAACAAGCAGACGAUUGCCCAACUCGAGGCCAUCCUCGACACCGAGCAUAUUUCACCUUAUGUCCAGCAUCUUGUUCCGCUGCUAGACGAGAUGUGA